CACAAUUCAGGUCCCAUAUCUUCACUGAAAUGGAUCAAAGGGCCUGCAUACAGCUGUGUCUCAGUUUCCCCAUGUCUAGGCUCUGGUAGGACACCGAGUUCACCUCAGUUGUCCCCCUGGCAUGGGAAGUUCAGAUGUUGACACCGGUCCCUGGUCCUACAUGGCCUGCAUCUGGACAAGAGGACUUAGCACUGUAAACACCCCCAGCCUAGCCCUGAGCUCAGCCUCCCGGAUAGGAACACGGCUGUGGCUGUGACCCUUCUCUGAAGGGGGUGGCACCAACAGUGUCGGUCUCCAUGGAGCGUCUCCCUCACCCAACAAGAUCCCAGUGGGGGAUCGGCCUCCACUGGGGGUGGAGAAUGCUGGAAAGAGAGGUCGAGGCCCAGGAUGAGGCGCUGGAAGGCGGCGGCCCUGGUGUCGCUCGUCUGCAGCUCCCUGCUGUCGGUCUGGAUGUGCCAGGAGGGUCUGCUGCUGGGCCACCGCCUGGGACCUGCGCUCGCGCCGCUGCGACGCCCGCCACGCACCCUGGACGCUCGCCUCGCCCGCCUGGCACAGUACCGAGCUCUGCUGCAGGGCGCCCCGGACGCGGUGGAGCUUCGAGAACUUUCCCCCUGGGCCGCACGCGCUCCGGGCCCGCGCCGUCGAGCGGGUCCCCGGCGACGGCGUGCGCGUGCGCGGUCGGGCGCGCGCCCCUGCGGGCUGCGCGAGCUCGAGGUGCGUGUGAGCGAGUUGGGCCUGGGCUACACGUCGGAUGAGACGGUGCUGUUCCGCUACUGCGCAGGCGCGUGCGAGGCGGCCCUGCGCAUCUACGACUUGGGCCUGCGGCGCCUGCGCCAGCGGAGGCGCGUGCGCAAGGAGCGGGUGCGCGCGCACCCGUGCUGCCGCCCGACGGCCUACGAGGACGAGGUCUCCUUUCUGGACGUGCACAGCCGCUACCACACGCUGCAAGAGCUGUCGGCGCGGGAGUGCGCGUGCGUGUGACGCUACCUCACGCCCCAGCCCUGGGCGCCUGCCCGGAGGCCACGCCGACCCUCGCGAAAACUGAAUUCACAUAAAGUGUGGGAACUGCC